UGGAGAUGGACGUCAAAUGGCAUUGUCUGAGGAUUAUCACUUUUAUCAUUUUAAUUCGGCAUGUUCUAACAAUUGGGGGCAUACGAAAUGGUUAUUUCAUGAGACUGGAAGGUUUCAACGGUUAUGUUGUGACGGUCUCCGCUUUGUGGUCGAGGAAAAGCUCUGGGCGUUUAUCCACUUGCAUUAUUGCCUGUUUGGGGGAUCUGAACUGCAAGUCUGUGUUUUUCAACAAAGCCUCUUCUAACUGCAUCGGACAUUCUACGGUUUACAGAACACCGUUGUUGGCGACGAAAGAAGCGAACACCAUCUACUAUGAAAACAAAACACCAGCAGAUUCAACAACUGCAGUUCCAACCACAACUGCAGCGCCAACAACUAUUGUCACAACUAUAACACUUCCCACUACUACAACCACAACCACUACCACUACGACCACAACUACAACUACGACGACUGUGGCAGCUCCUGUAACGGGACCAGUCACAUACACAUACCAUGUCACCAGAACAUACUGGGAUGACGCUCGCACAACAUGCAUACAGAAUGGAGGUGAUAUGGCGUCACUGGACACACAGGAAAGGUUCGACGCAGUGAAGAUAUUCCUAGAUAACAGGAAAAGGAUGAGGCAGACCGUGGCCAACUCUCUAUUGGUGGGUAUCACCCGAAGUGCCGCUGAUGGGAAACUCUACUGGACUAACGGCGCCCUCAUGGACAGCAACGACAUAUGGGCUAGUGGAUAUCCCCGAGCGACACAGAGUUGCGGAUAUACGGCCCCUUUCAAAAAGAUGACAUAUAGAACCUACCGCUGUUCUAUUUUCAGUUCUAGCUUCAUCUGUCAGACUCCUGCUUGAGUGAAACUCAUCUUUAAUAGUUUAUUGGAGGGUUAGGGAAGAACAGAAUGUAUAUUUUAUCAUAAAUACCACUCAGAAAGAACGUUUAUAUUUAUUAUGUAGACAUGAAAUUAUCAUUGUUUCACUACAAUGUCUUUCAUUACAAACCUCAAAUAAUAAUAUCUUUUUCUCAUAUAAGUUGCCCUCGCAUUUGACAUAAGAACAGAAGCUCCUUUUGUCCAUGGAUAAAAAUAAUAUCUAUACCGUUCCCUCUCUAUACACUCGCAUUUCCUUCAGUAAGUGGAAUGAACAACACUGACAGAAGAAGAAUAUACUGCGAAAAAUACACCAUGUACAUGUACUUUCUUUUCUUAAGGGCGGAUACGUCACCUAAUGCGCUGCAAUUCGCUAUGCAGAAUUGGCCAGUCUGGUCAAACUCAGCUGAAUGUUUCCAUACAUUUACCUGUUCGUGUAAUGGGCUUGUGGUAUCGAUAUGUGAAAUAUAUUUGAUUGCUGAUAUGGGACAAGUGUGUAAUUGAACAUUGCUGAAAAUGCGAGAAUAUAUAUUAAUUUAAUUAGUGUUUUAAAACAACUACGUUAUUUGAAGUGGACACUUCAUGCAGCUGUCAGAGUUACAAACGCACAUUUCAAGCUAUGGUUAAUAUAUUUUUGCAAAAAGUGGAUGAGUGAGUGAGUUGGAUUUAACGCAGCCCGAAGUGAUAAUGAUGCUGGUCACGUACGUUUAGCACGUUGGUGAAACCCACGAGUACGGGUAUGGCGCUGACAAACCUUGAAGAAUAGUCUGGGUGAACCGGGAUUCGAACUCACAAUCCACUGGCAGGUUACUGGCAUGACCAACCCUGCACAGCAAAUAAUGCGCCUUAGCGAUUUAAAUUAUGUUUUUAUCAGGUAGCAAAGAUACCAGAAUCAUUCUCAUCAGACAUUCACGUGUUAUUGAGACUCAAAGUUCUUUUAACUGUCAUGUUAAAGUUUUCUUGUUAUUUUGCGGCAUUAGCAUGAAACUACUUGCAAGCACGAGGAACCUAUUUCCCAUGAAAAUGCCAACAGUAAAUCCGGCUUUUGGUUCCAGUAAAUCAAAAUAGAAACUUUCGGUAAGUUUGUUAGAGAAAAAGAUAUAGCUAACCUAAGACCCUGAUGUUAUUUCGUUUGCUCCAGUCAUUUUGGUGCAACCAAAGGGUUAUUGUUAAAGCAAGUUAUUCCAUUAGGCUUUCCUACAACUGGUGACUUAGGAGCCAAUACCUACAUUGUAUCUUAUGUACAUAUUUAGAUCAAGUACUGAGUUUAAUGUUUAAUAUUUCUUAUUUUAUUCAUGAUAAAUUUUGCGUUCAUAAAUGAGAAUUGUAAAUAAAAUAUACACAUACUUAUACAUGAAUGGCACUCAUAAAACAGUUUGGUAGGUAUUGUAUCC